UUGUAUGCGCGAAGACACCGACUGCUCGUGAGGGUAUGGCAGUAAACCACAGCUGAAAUUGUCCUCACUAAAACAGUUUUGCACAUUAUAUUUUUCAGUAUGGAACUAACAGUGAAAGUUACAGAUAUGUCUCCACACAUAUGAAGUUUCUGGUGUAACGUGUAUCUGGAUCUGAAAUAAAUCCUGCAAACGAUGGAUCCCAUAACGAAGUGGUCGCCGAAGUGUGUGGUCGAAUGGAUGAAAGGGCUGGAUGACAGCUUGCAGCAGUAUGUCAUAAACUUUGAACGUGAGAAGAUAGAUGGUGAGCAGCUGCUAAAGAUCUCUCACCAGGACCUGGAGGAGCUAGGCGUGACCCGGGUCGGCCACCAAGAACUGGUGCUGGAAGCCGUGGACCUCCUGUGUGCCCUGAAUUAUGGGGUAGAGACGGACACCCUGAAGAACCUGGUAGCCCAGAUGAGGGCGGCUUCCAACAACCUGCAGAACCACGCAUCAGAGCGCAGGAGAAGCCCAGUGUUAGAGGCGAGUUCAGCCCGCAAGCCCCCCAACGAGUUCCUCACCUCCAUGGUGGAGCUCAUCGGUGCUGCCAAGAGCCUGCUGGCCUGGCUGGACAGGACGCCGCUGGCCGGGAUCAGUGACUUCUCUGCCACCAAGAACAAGAUCAUUCAGCUGUGCCUGGAUCUCACCAGCGCUGUGCAACAGGAUUGCACAGUCUAUGAAAUGGAAGAAAACAUUUUGGAAGUGGCAAAGGUAUUGAAUGUCAUCUGUGAUCAGACAGUGAAGAACACCUCUGAUCCUCUCGUAAGCCAGCCCCUGUGCCUGGAGGAGGUCCACCUGAGCCGCGUCACACCUGGGGAGGGACUGGGCAUGUACAUUAAGUCAACAUAUGACGGGCUUCACAUCAUCACUGGAACUACAGAAAAUUCUCCAGCAGAGAGGACCGGCAAGAUCCAUGCUGGCGAUGAGGUCAUCCAGGUCAACCGGCAGACAGUGGUGGGCUGGCAGCUAAAGAACCUGGUGGCUAAGCUGAGGGAGGACCCUGCCAACACCUUCCUGACUGUGAAGAAGAGGCCCAUGGGGUCGGCCUGCUUUGCCCCUGCUCCCCUGAAGAACAUGCGCUGGAAGCCUCCCCUGGUGCAGAGCACUUCAUGUCCGCCUAAGGCAAAGUCUCCCAGCCUAUCGGAGCGCUCCAUCCGGAAGGAGAAACCUGCCAUUUUGGACCUGUACAUCCCGCCUCCUCCAGCUGUUCCCUACACACCCCGAGACGGGAGGUCCGGUUUGUGCAUUGGGGAUAUCAUCAGGCCCAGAGGCUCCGAGUCCCCCAACUCCUUUCUUGACCUGGAGGGAAGAAGGCGCACCAUAGCUGAGUGUGACGACCAGCGGAUCACACUCCCUGUGGAAGUGAACGUGCUGCAGGAGUGGAGAAGGGAUCGGGCCCCCUCCCGGAGUAAGCCCCGACCUUUAUCCAUGCCAGUGGACACUUCUGUUGACCAAAAUGACUCCUUCUCACGGCCAUGGACAGCAGGAGGAAAAGGCGGCAGUAUUAUGCACAGGUAUCUAAGCAACGAGCAGAUCCCCGCCAUCUCUGAGGAAAGCCCAUCUUUCCAGCCACACAACAGGCCCACAGGCAGCAGGCAUCUGUUCCGUGGCAUGGAUCGUGUCCGGGGAAGCCGCUGCGUCAUAGAGAGCGUCUUGCACAAUAGCGCCACCAUUCCCUAUCAAGAGGAGCCCGCUAAAAAGACGCCCGUCACCUCGGCCCCAAAAGCGGCAGUAGUGGAAACUUCGCUACUGGGUAGCUGGAUCUCCCGGCUAAAGCUGCUGACUCCCUUUAUGCUGCUGUUAUGUGGUGGGAGGGAGCAACCAGAGAAGUCGCUUCUCAGUUUAGAGCAGCUGAUGGCCACACAGACUUCGCAAUCCGAAGAUCUCUCUCUCCAAAGGUUACCCUGCCGACAAGAUCCUAACGGAACUAUGAGCCGAAGGAAGAUCUCUGUUAAAGAGCUGGGUGUCACCGAGUGCCAGGGCUGGCUGCACAAGAAGAGGGAGGUGAAGGCCUUUCUGGGAAUCAAGUGGAGGAGAUACUGGUUUGUACUGAAGCAAGCCUUGCUUUACUGGUACACAGAGCCAACGGCUGAGAAAGCUAUGGGGUACAUAAAUGUAGCGGAAUUCACGAUCGAACAAGCCUCAGAGUGCAAAAGAAAGCAUGCAAUGAAGGCCAGCAACCCACACCUCAAGACUCUGUACUUCGCCGCUGACAACGCUACAGGGAUGAACAAAUGGUUAAGAAUACUUGUCCAGGUGUCCCAGCAAAACUCCCCUUCAGAUAAAAACACAGAAGAAUGUUACAGCGAAGAGAGUGACCAUGAGGAAGGGACAGAUGUGGAACAGGCAGGCUCUGAAGGGUCCGCUUCUCAUGCCAAGCACACAUCUAGUGAAGACACGGUUGUUGCCAUGGCAAUGCAGAACUCCACAGCAUCCCCAAUCAAACGGAAUUCAUGGCUUAACAGCAUGACGCAGUCCUGCUGGAACUCAGACGAUGCCAUUGCUGUGCAGAAGAGUGUCCCGAGCUGCCCUCUUGUAUGGGUGUCCACGACAGCCACGCAGAUCGGGGAUCCGGCCCAGGAGUUCAAAGAAGUCCCUGAUGAAAUGGAAAGACUGUACGUCCAGCUGAAGCAAGCUAGCCUGUACCCCACUGGCGAGCAGAAGCCCCUGACUGAAAGAGACUUCAGAAGUUCCUUCAUCAGACGCUGCAAAAACAACACCCUCAAUGAGAAGCUCCACCACUGUAGGGCGCUAAGAAGCACACUUAAGGCGAAAGAGGCUGACCUUUUGAUCAUUGACCAGGUGCUGGCAGAGCCGUGUCUGACCACUACACAGUACAGGCAAUGGAAGGACGCUAAUUCAGUGCUUCUGAAGGAGAUCUGCAGAUCACUAACAGAAACUAGCAAACAGAUAACAGCAGCUGAUAACUUAACCAUACAUCACAACGAAGGUGUGAAAUGAGCAGCGUGUCCGCUCAUGUGUCAGCCAGCUUGUUGCCUGUUGUCAAUACAAUAAAUACAAGAUAAUAAACACUUAAGAAUACCGUACCUCUCAGUCCACUGCACCUAUCUUGUUUUUAUAGAAACUGUUUAAUAGAAAUCCCAUCUGAAAUGUGCAGACUUUAAUGACUGGUUUCAAAUUAGCAUUUGGACCGCAGUAUUACUUUCAUUACUCGGCAGUAGCCAUUUUCCAACCACCUACAGGGGAUUGGGACCCAAAACUCUUCAGAGUUCAUCAUUUAGAUGUUUGAUGUCUAGAUUUAAUGCACAGAAGUUAACUUGCAAAGUAAACUGUAUUAUUACUGCAACAGACUCACAGACCGUACGGUGUAAAUACAAUGACCACAAUAUGUUAUUUUUACUGUCCUACCCCUUUUUAAUGCUCAUGCAAUGUGACAGAAUAUGCAUCCAUCCAUUUUCCAAACCUGGGUCGCAGGGGGUCCAGAGCCGGAAGCAAUGGGCACGAGGCAGGGAACCCAGGAUGGGGGGCCAGCCCAUCACAGGGCACACUCACACACCAUUCACUCACACACCAUUCACUCACACAUGCACACCUACAGGCAAUUUAGUAACUCCAAUUAGCCUCAGCAUGUUUUUGGACUGUGGGGGGAAACCGGAGUACCCGGAGGAAACCCCACGACGACAUAGGGAGAACAUGCAAACUCCACACACAUGUGACCCAGGCGGAGACUCGAACCCGGGUCCCAGAGGUGUGAGGCAACAGUGCUAACCACUGCACCACCAUGCCGCCCCCAGAACAUACAUCUGUUAUGGAAAUUUAUUUGAACAUAAAUUGCAUUAAACGCAUCCAUGUAAAAAAUGUAAAGCCUACAGACAAGGCACAAAUAUAUACAACAAGCCCUGCACAUUUUUGGGUUUCCCUUCAUUUAACACACCUGAUUCAACUCCUUGCACCUCCCUGUGCUGAUUACCACAGAGCUCUUGAGCGGAGUCAUUUGUGGUUUAACAGGAUAAAGAACUAAGCUACACAGGGCUCCAGCCCCCCAGGACUGCAGUCUGACAUCCAUCAUCUAAACAUUAGAUCCAAUAGCUCUGAAUCAAUUAGAGGAUUCGUUUCAUCCUUGUGUUUAUGUUUAUUCUUUAUAACUGAAAAACAAGAUGCUAAUCAACUAUGUUUUGUAUUUAUAAACAUAUGUAUAAAUAGAUCUAUGUCUGUAUAUAAUUUUGUACUACUGAACAAUGGCGAUCUAUUAAUAAAACCCAUAUUUGAUUAAUCAUCAUUAUCCUUA